ACUGAUUGCUUUAUGAACUGUGUCAUUAACGUGUGGGCCGAAGACAUCCAUGCCAAGUGCUCGAAGAGAAAAAUAAUAAUCCCCGACUGUAUAAUAUAUUCAAGAAAAAGGCCUCACAGAAUAUUUCCACGCCAUUUCUGGUUCGAGUUUAACUGGCUUCCACCUGUAGUCAGCGCCUUCGUCACCACCCGAGUCCGUGAUUCGAUUUCUCUGCGUUCUUUGUAUGUUAAAUGUGGAACCUGUUUGUCUAUAGUUGUUCUGCUUCAGUUCAAGAAACUCUGCUGUAAUUCAUGUUAGUUCUUCGUUUACAGUUUUAGGCUUGCAAGACUGCUCUUUUGACGAUGUUGUUGGAGCCAUUUUUGUGCAGUAAUUUGGAUUUGUCUGUGGUUGGCUGUUGUUGUGUUCGGUCUCAGACUUGCCCUUUUUCUGCCCCUUGAGUAUUAUGCCUUUGCUCUUGGUGUAGACUCUCUAAAGGGUAGAAAUUCAGGAAGCCCUUUCGCAGAGCUUGUAAUCUUCAGUUAGUGUUUGAAUUUUGAUGGGAUUUCAGAAGGUGGGAAGUUUUGCGUGAGGUUUUCGUGGGUGUUUUUUGCUUCAAUGGAAUCACUUUUAAGUUUAGGGCAAAGUAACGUGCAGUCCACAAAGCAAGAUCUUGUAUAUUCUGUUGUUCCAUUGUUGAAACUCAUCUGUCUGACUGUCAUUGGAUUGAUUCUUGGCCACCCAAAAGCUCAGUUAGUUCCAAGAGCCACUUUCAAGCUUCUUAGCAAGCUUGUGUUUGCCCUGUUCUUGCCCUGUUUGAUCUUCAUCCAUCUUGGGGAAACUGUAACUCUCAGGAAUUUUGUUCGGUGGUGGUUCGUACCUGUUAAUGUGAUUCUCAGUACUGUAAUUGGUGCUUUAUUGGGGUUGUUGGUGGCAAAAGUAUGUAAGCCUCCUCCGGAAUAUAUUAGGUUUACAGUCAUGAUGACUGCGUUUGGGAACACUGGCAAUCUCCAUCUUGCUAUCAUUGGGUCGGUUUGCCAUGGUGCCCACAAUCCAUUUGGUCCAGCGUGUCAGAAAACUGGGACAGCUUAUGUAUCGUUUGCCCAAUGGGUUGCUGUGCUCAUUCUUUAUACUCUUGUUUACCACCUGAUGGAUCCCCCGUUUGAGCGUUAUGAGGUUGUUGAUGAUGGUAUUGAAAUUCAAGAAUUAUCCACAAAUGAUCUCAAUCUGCCACUUCUUUUGGAAACUGAGUUGCCUGCAAUGGGUAAAACUUCGUUUAUUGCUAGAUCAAGCCUAUCACGAAAUUCUGUACCAGAACCUGAUAUGUUGGAGGAAGGAGGUUCUGGUGCGGGUCCAGGAAGUCCAAAAUCCCUUGGAUGUUUGACAGAGUCUCAAAUUGUCCGAAAAAUAAGAAUUGUAGCAGAGGAAACUCCAGUCAGCCACAUUUUUCAGCCUCCAAUAUUUGCUACAAUUUUGGCUUUCAUUGUUGGUAUGGUUCCUCCAAUCAAAUCUGUCGUCUAUGGCUAUGAUGCGCCUCUUUCAUUCAUCACAGAUAGUUUAGAAAUUUUAGCUGGAGCAAUGGUUCCUUCUGUAAUGCUUAUUCUUGGAGGAAUGCUUGCCGAGGGGCCUAAUGAAUCGAGGCUUGGAUUUCGAACUACAAUUGGCAUCAUUGUAGCAAGACUUUUGAUACUCCCCUUGGCUGGCUUAGGAAUUGUUUCUUUAGCUGAUAGACUAGAAUUUCUAAUAGCUGGGGACCAAAUGUAUCGAUUUGUGCUUCUGUUGCAGUAUACAACUCCAAGUGCCAUCUUGUUGGGAGCAAUCGCUAGCUUGAGGGGUUAUGCAGCUAGUGAAGCUUCAGCACUCCUAUUUUGGCAACACAUCUUUGCUGUCUUCUCUCUUACAAUAUAUGUAAUAAUCUACUUCAAGAUGCUGCUUUCUUGUGUUUGAGGUCUGUUUCCAACUUACUCAGAUUCUUCUAGGCGGAUGAACCUUGUACAGUUGAAAGAACGAUGAUGCCAUAUUCUGUUAGCCAGAACAAUUGAUAGAAAAUGCAGAGAAAAUUCUUACUAUUUCCUUCAGUGAAUUGGUGAAGAUUGUUGUCUAUUUUUGGUGCUCUGAGUAGCCGACUUCAAAAACCUACGCUCCUGUAUAAAAGACAACUUUUUCCUGCCAUGGAUUAUAGAGAUUCUCACCAUAAAACAUCCAUUCUGUUGACAAAUUGUUGGAGGCAUGCAGAUUGUCACUUUCUCAAGGGAGAAGUCUAAAAGAAAACCGUGCUACGCCAGUUUAAGAUGUUUCAACUUACAGUCGUUUGAUGCUGACAUCUCCAGCUGAAUAGAAUCUUAUCAAUACCGCUUCAGAACUUACUUUGGUAUUUAUUCUGACCAACUAUUCCUUACCGUCAUACUUGACUGUAGUUCCUCCAUGACAUAGAAUUGUAAAUGUGCUUACUUAACAUGAUUUGCCUCUCAUAAAUUUUAGUGAAAUCAAAGUAGCUUUAUGCCGUUCAGCUGUUGAUCCCAUGUUCAUGCUCGAUUUUGUUGUUAAUCUGUAUCAAAUUUAUCCCUCACAACAAGCAGGGCAAGAUGUCAUGCACUUGGCUUCUGUAUCUCCCCAAGCCAUUGGCAAAUACACGUUUCAGCAUCAUGAUUCCCCCCUUAGCAUUCAGUUAUACGGCGAGCCAUCAAAGCCCUCUUAAACAAUGUGAUGUAAAUUUCAAAAGGCACAAUGUGUUCUAGUUCUGCAAUAUCUUCUUCUUGAGUGAGCCAGUAUCUUUUUUGCAGAUGUCAGAAUGCUUGAUGCUUGCAUUAUCUCUGUCUUUGAUUAUGUAUCUCGUUUUCAGAUGAUAAUUCAACCCAUUCUAGAUUACUUGUGUUCUGUC